AUGCAGCAACAACACAGUUUUCUGGACUGGUGUAUAAGCAGUUUUCAGAGAAUGGAAAAGGAGGAUCGGGAGUUGCUGGUGGCUGUUGCUUGGGCAAUUUGGAAUGCAAGAAAUGACCGUGUAUGGCAAAAUAAGAUUAAGACAGUGGAAAACAUUGUUAUGUCAGCAAAAUGUUACCUUUCACAAUGGAAACAUGCUCAUUCUUCUGGUUUAGAGCUCUUGUCUGCUGGUUUGAACCAAGGCGACGGAGCCGAGCAUUGGGUGCCUCCAAUUGAAAAUAAUGUAAAGGUUAACGUUGACGCAGCGAUCUUUGAAGCUUCUCGACAGUUUGGUGUUGGUUGGGUAGCAAGAGAUGCUCGGGGGCUUCUCAUCCAUGGCCAUACAAAAUUAUUCAAUGUUCAAGCUACACCAGAAUUGGCUGAGGCUGUAGGAAUUCGGGAGGCGUUAAGCUGGAUAAAAUCUAGUGGAUUGCAGCAAGUGGUUCUCGAGACGGACUGUUUAUCAAUUGUCCAAGCCUUAAGAAGUUCAAUUGUUAUGAUUUCCACGUUUGGUCAAGUGGUUAACGAGUGUAAGGCUUUACUUAAUGAUUUAAGAACUAUUUCUAUUUAUUUUAUUCAUCGAUCAGCAAAUACGGUGGCUCAUGAGUUAGCUCGAGCCUCUGUAUCCUUCCCUGAUUGUAAUUUCAGUUUGGACUCCGUUCCAACUGUUUUGUUACAUGUUUUGGUGACUAAUAUGAUUAUCUAA